UCAUGUCCUUCAGUGCACAGAGAGCUGAGGCGAUCAGGCACAGACCGAGAGUACUGUCGGUGUUUAACCGUCCGGAUGUGCGGAGGUGAUACCUGCAGCGCGUGUCGACUCACUGCAGAUGUGGAGCGAGAGGUUCCGUCAGUGGAGGCCCGCUGUCAUCAGCAGCACGACAGAUAGAAACCUGGUUGGCAGACGUGCUCUGGCCCUCUGCUCCCGCUCCCCGGUCUCCUCAGUGUGGAGAGAAGAUGUGCUCAGGCUACACAGGAGCCCAGCUGCAGCUCUGCAGGUGCGAUAUGCAUCAGGACGUAAAGGUUUCCUGGGGGAGUUUGUGGAUAACCUUCGUCAGGAGUUCGGUAAGAAUCAGGAGAUGAAGGAGAACAUAAAGAAGUUCAGGGAAGAGGCCAAGAGGCUUGAAGAGUCGGACGCUCUCCAACAGGCCCGCAAGAAAUAUAAAACUAUUGAAGCUGAGACAGUGAAGACUUCAGAGGUGUUUAAGAAAACGUUUGGCUCCCUGUCAGAAACUGUCAAAGAGGGUAUUGAGGAGGUGAGUCGCACUGACAUCGGGAAGAAGAUUAAGGAAGGUGUGGAGGAAGCAGCCAGGACGGCCAUGCACUCUGCAGAGUCUGUGACCAAAGGAGGAGAAAAACUGGGCAGGACCAGUGCAUUCAGAGCCAUCUCACAGGGUGUGGAAACCAUGAAGAAGGAGAUAGAUGUCGGUGAUGCCGGCCCGUACAGAGCCCCCCCCCAGCUGAGGAAGAGAAGCGACUUCUCCUCUAAAGGAGCAAAUGCAGACGACAGAGUGUUUGAGGCCAAUGAAGAGGACAUGGGUGUGGUCCUCCACAAGGAUUCAAAGUGGUACCAGCAGUGGAAGGACUUCAAGGACAAUAACGCAGUUUUUAACAGAUUCUUUGAGAUGAAGAUGAAAUAUGAUGAAAGUGAAAACAGCCUCAUCAGAGCAUCCAGAGCUGUAACUGACAGAGUCACUGGUUUUCUAGGUGGUCUUUUCUCCAAGACAGAAAUGUCAGAGGUGCUAACAGAGAUCCUGAAGGCAGACCCCAACUUUGACAAAGACUGUUUCCUCAAACAGUGUGAGAAAGACAUCAUCCCGAAUAUACUGGAGGCGAUGAUCCGUGGAGAGCUGGAAGUAUUGAAGGACUGGUGCUAUGAAGCUACGUACAGUCAGCUGGCCCACCCCAUCCAACAGGCCCGAGCGCUCGGGCUGCUCCUCCACUCCAAAAUCCUUGAUAUUGAUAAUAUAGAUUUAGCGAUGGGUAAGAUGAUGGACCAGGGCCCAGUGUUGAUCAUCACCUUCCAGGCCCAGGUCGUCAUGGUGAUCCGUAGCCCCAAAGGAGACAUUGUGGAGGGAGAUCCGGAGAAGGUGAUGAGGAUGAUGUAUGUUUGGGCGUUGUGUCGUGACCAGGAGGAGCUGAACCCCAACGCAGCCUGGAGACUCCUGGACAUCUCUGCCUCCAGCACUGAGCAAGUCCUCUAGGAGGAGGAGGGAGGCAGGUGAAAAGGUCCAGCUGGGAUCUGAGACCAACUGUGAACAAGGACAGAAGAUACAAGGAUGUGCCUGGAAUACACAUACUGACUCAUAUAUUUAUUCAUCAACAUCCAAGGGCAGAGAACGCUGCCGUGUUACACCAGAGACAAUAUUUGCACACAGUAUAUUAAGGUACACUCACAAAUGUACAUGAACAAGGAGAUAAACUAACGGUAGAAGAUACUUAACAUGAAUAGAAAACUGUGUGUACAACAUGUCUGUGUAGUCUCUUGCGUUGGUUAGCUCCGUGUUUGUGUCUCCAGGAUACAAACUGUAUUUAAAACAUUUUUAUUUUGAAAGGGCUGGAACCAACAUUUCACCAUUUCAUUAAUUGCUGUAAAUAUUACUUUAAGCCAUUAAUUCUCCUGCCAAUGUCUGAGAGGGUCUGACAGCAAAACAUGGAGAAACUGCUCGUCCACAGUCAACUUUACAGGAUAUCCAGCCCUUUAGUGACACUUCAAUCAAACAGUUUCUGGUUGCGUGUUUCCCGUCACAAUAGAAACACUCAAAAUUUGAGGUGGAAUCAAAUUACCUGCUUCAUUUUUUUUAUUACCAUUAGCCAUGAAAAGAAAUCACCAAAAGUAUAAAUCUAAAGUAAUCAAUACAUUUGCUUUAUUCAGCUGAAGAUAAGAUUGAACCAUAGAAUGAUGUAAUUGGACCAUCCUGUUAUGUGUAGCUCUGCUUCAUGUACGACGACCAGAGGACCACAAGUAAGCACAGACAGUGUGUCCCUAUGUUUGUGUUGAAACACAGUUUAUGUUUUUUACAGUUGUGGAACUGAUGUACAAUGUACAGUCUGUACAGCCUCAGUCAGAAGAAACGUGUCUACAUAUUAAUGAGCCCUUAAAUUAAUGUAAAUAUAUCAAAUGUUGAGGACUGGCUCUUUGUUCGGUACAAAUUCACAUUCAGCUAUUGUCGUCAUGGCAGCUUUAUUGUUUGCGAAUCAUUCACCAUCUCAUGUUGCACAUUUCAGCUGUUUGUCUCAAUGAACUGUUGUCGUGUUUGUGGCUUUUCAGACAUGAGAUAAAAAGUUGAAUGAAUGAGUCUGUACACGUAUGUCACUGUAGAUUGAAAUUCUGAUUAAUUACAAAAUAGAAAGACGUCCAUUGUGAAGAGAAGUUGAGCUCCUGAUAAAUAUCAGAAUAUAUUAUGAAUGAGAUCAUGGUGUGUGCGUGUUUUUUGAUUAUUUUUUUAUUUGAUAUGUUCUGUUAAUGAUUCAUGAGUAUCGCUGACUGCCAAGUAGGUUAUGUUUUCAUCAACGUCUGUUUGUUAGUUAAUUAGCAGAAUGCACACAAACUACUGGACGAAUGACUUAGGAGUUCUAAGGAUGUUGAAUGGGUCAGGAAAAACCUCAAUAAACUUUCAUAUAGAUCUAGAUCAGGGGGUGGACCUAGUCCUAGCUCUGUCAGUAUAGAUAUACAUUUGGUUACCAAACAGCAUCAAUGUUAUUUUCAGGAUCCUGAUUUUUUUCAUUUGGCAAAUUUCUUGUGUCCAAUCUUCAGCAAGUCUCACAUUGGAUGGUUCUGACGGUUACAGUCUGUAUUGUUAAUUCAAUAUCCUACUGCUAAUUUACUGCAAGUAUUUGUUUUACCAAACUGAAUGUGUUCAUGUAUAAGAGUAUUUUUAUUUCCUCUUGAAUGAAAUAAAGAAAACAA